GCGCCGGGGCCGCCACCGACGAGUAGCGCUGCGGGGCCGGACUACAUUUCCCAGCGAGCCUCACACCGGGCAGGCAGAUCCCGCGAGAGCUGGCGGGGCUCGCUCCGGGACUCCAUUUCCCGCGAUCCCUCGCGCGCCGGAAGCGGCGGCGCGGCGGUUCCGCGGCGGAGGCCCAGGGCGGCGGCGGGAGGCGGCGGCGGGACGCGCUCCCGGGGGCAGCCAUGGACGUGACCGGGCCCGAGACUGACUGGCGCAGCACCAACUUCCGCCAGAAGCUCGUCAGCCAGAUUGAUGAAGCCAUGAGGAAAGCUGGUGUUGCCCAUAACAAAUCUAGCAAAGAUAUGGAGAGCCAUGUGUUUAUGAAGGCCAAAACAAGGGAGGAGUAUCUUUCUCUUGUGGCCAGGCUUAUUAUCCAUUUCCGAGAUAUUCACAAUAAGAAAUCUCAAGCCUCAGUCAGUGAUCCGAUGAAUGCCCUGCAGAAUCUGACUGGGGGUCCCGCAGCAGGGGCGCCUGGCAUGGGCAUGGCUUCCCGAGCUCAGGGGGCACCAAUGAGUGGCAUGACAGGCCUUGGUCCAAUGGCACAGCAGAUGAGUCUCCCAGGGCAGCAGCAGCCUCCUGGAACCUCAGCAAUGGCCCCUCAUGGGAUGCCUGGUGUCUCUACAGCUACUCAGCAGACCCAGCUUCAGCUUCAGCAGAUAGCUCAGCAGCAACAACAGCAGCAGCAGCAAUUCCAGCAGCAGCAGGUGGCCCUGCAGCAGCAGCAGCAGUUCCAGGCCCAGCAGUCAGCCAUGCAGCAGCAGUUCCAGGUGCAGCAGCAGCAGGCAGCGGCCGCUGCGGUGGCGCAGCAGCAGCAGCAGCAACAGCAGCAGUUGCAGGCUGUCCAGCAGCAGCAGCAGCAGCACAUGCUGAAACUGCAGAUGCAGCAGCAGCAAAACCAGCAGCAGAUGCAGCAGCAACAGCAGCAGCAGCAACUGCAGCGGAUUGCUCAAAUGCAGCAGCUGCAGGCAGCACAGGUCAUGCAGGCGCAGCAGCAGCAGCAACAGCAGCAGCAGCAACAGCAGCAGCAGAUACCACAACAACAGAUACAGCAGCAGCCACCUCAACAAGUCAUGCAACAGCAGAUGCAACAGAUGCAGCAGCAACAACAGCAGCAACAGCAGCAGCAGCAGCAACAACAACAGGUCGCUCAGGCACAACAGUCUCAACUUCCACCACAGUCCCAGCCUCAGCCCCAGCCCAUGGUAUCUCAACCUCAGGCAAUCUCAGGACAAAUUCCCAGUCAGGUUAUGCCUGUCACUCUCACACCACAGCAGUUAAAAGCUAUGCAGGUAAGAGCUCAGCUGGUCCAGCAGCAGCAGGCAGCAGCAGCAGCAGUGCAAGCAGCUCAGGCCCAGGCUGCUCAGAUGGGAGCUUCAGGGCAGAUGAUCACCGCACCCAUGGCCCGAGGUGGGAUGCAAAUCAGACCACGGUUCCCGCCCACCAGCGCGGUGCCUGCUACACCACCGAGCUCCAUGCCCUUGGGCGGACAGCAAAUGCCACAGGUCAGCCAGAACAAUAUCACCAUGAUGUCAUCCCCAUCUCCUGUCCAGCAGGCUCAGACACCCCAGUCCAUGCCUCCACCACCGCAGCCCCAGCCGUCUCCUCAGCCAGGCCAGCCAACUUCUCAGCCAAACUCAAAUGUCAGCUCUGGCCCUGCUCCAUCACCCAGCAGCUUUCUCCCCAGUCCAUCUCCACAACCAUCACAGAGCCCAGCAGCUGCACGAACACCUCAGAACUUUAGUGUCCCAUCCCCAGGUCCUUUAAACACUCCAGGAAAUCCAAAUUCUGUCAUGAGUCCAGCCAGUUCUGGUCAGUCAGAGGAGCAACAGUAUCUGGAAAAACUCAAACAACUAUCAAAAUACAUUGAGCCACUCCGGAGGAUGAUCAAUAAAAUAGACAAAAAUGAAGAUAGGAAGAAGGACCUGAGUAAAAUGAAGAGUCUCUUGGAUAUCCUGACUGACCCUUCAAAACGGUGCCCCCUGAAGACACUGCAGAAAUGUGAAAUUGCUCUGGAGAAGCUGAAAAAUGAUAUGGCUGUGCCUACUCCACCACCUCCCCCAGUGCCCCCUACCAAGCAGCAGUACUUGUGUCAGCCCCUCUUGGACGCUGUUCUGGCCAACAUCCGCUCCCCAGUCUUCAACCAUUCCCUGUACCGCACGUUCAUGCCGGCGAUGACGGCGAUCCACGGGCAGCCCAUCACGGCCCCCAUUGCUUCCCCUCGGAAGAGGAAAUACGAAGAGGAUGAAAGACAGACCAUCCCAAAUGUCCUACAAGGAGAAGUUGCAAGAUUAAAUCCUAAAUUCCUGGUGAACCUGGACCCUUCACACUGCAGUAACAAUGGCACAGUUCAUCUCAUAUGCAAGCUAGAUGACAAGAAUCUUCCAAAUGUCCCACCACUCCAGCUCAGUGUUCCAGCAGACUAUCCAGAUCAGAGCCCUCUGUGGAUAAAGAACCCCAGACAGUAUGCCAAUCCCUUUUUGCAGUCAGUGUAUAGAUACAUGACUUCAAAACUAUUGCAACUCCCAGACAAGCAUUCAGUCACAGCUCUCUUGAACACCUGGGCACAAAGCAUUCGUCAGGCCUGUCUCUCUGCUGCAUAACAGCUCACCUCUGCAUCAUGAAGCCACAAAGAAACUCUCAACAGCUGGCCUCUUCCACAUGCCACUGGAAAACCACAGUCUGGGGAGGUUACUUCAGAAGAAAGAAGCCUAAUGUUGUUUUGUUUCUAGGUUGUCAGGUUCAGUAGAGAACCUGAUGUUAGACUUAGCUUUCAUGCUUUCUAUCUUCUGCCUCUGUGGACUUUUGCCAGCAUUUUCAGAUAUACAAAAUGUGUAUAUAUGGUUCUCAAGAUUGUAUUUAGGAUGAGUUUUUAUUGUCUUCUUAGAGAAGAAAUUAUUUGUGGACUUCCAUCAGGGAGUCUGGUAUAAGAGGGGGUAGGGAAAAAUGUCCUAAUUUGCUUCAAAAUCUGCUCAGUGCCAGUAUUUCUUUCACACUGUAUGUUUUGUGACCUGAUACUGCCCCAGAAAUAAAUGAGCUGCAACUCAAAUGUGCUUGCAAACUUGCCAGUAGGUGCAGGAAAUCUUUUUGACUAUUAGCUUUGCCCAGAAAUGGGAUAAAUUGCAUCCUUUUAAGGAAGGCAUCCCUCAAAUAUGUGAGAUAAAUCUGCAUAAUUGUACUUGGGGGUGGGAAUGUGGAACCAAACAGAGCAAAAAAGGUUUCAUUUUAUAAAACCUUUUAUAGCUUAUUUGAAAUGCAACUUUGUAUAAAUGGUUUUUGGUUAGCAUGGACCACGUUUCUCACUCCAACAGAGUAAGGGUGAUGAGAAAGAAGAGAUACUGAUGUGAACACUGACUUCCUCUAUAAAUUCAGUAAAUGUGUACACAAAGAUGGGGGGGGAACCAACAGUAUAAAGGCCAAGUGACACAAAUCAGUCCAGCAGGUUUGUAGCUACAUUUCUUCUUUUCAGAGUCUUUGUGAGGCACCUGGCUUCCAGUGGGAGUUAAUGCAGUGCACUGAAAAUGUUUCUAUACUACAUCAGUUUGUUUAAACAAAAAAGGCAAAAAGCAACAUCUCAGGAGUAGAACUGACAACUAAUCCAUCGUGCCUUCAACAGUGAUGGGCACUCAAGUCAGUCAUCAAGCUGCCUUAGUGUUGGCACUUUGAGUGAAAACAUUUAGCACAAGUAACUAAUUUAAUGCAUUUUUCAUAUUUCCCCAUGUGUCUAAUUUGCUUCUUUUUAAGUUCCUGGUGCAGGAGAAUUUCAAAUAUCAGAUGUUCCAAUUAUAUCCUGCCCCAUCUCUCUCUGUAUUGUGCAGCAAACCUUAAAGAGUAGCUGGGCUCUCUUACAGUAGUGUCAAGAAAUUGCUGUGACCUCUGUAAAUCCAUGUGGUAUCAUCAGUUUUAGGAUGUUUUUAAAUGUGGGUACUUAGUAAGCACUGACUGAGGCAGCAGAAUGCUGUCAGUAUUUUGUACACGAGCUAAUGCAUUAUCUGUUUGUUUCUACUGUAAUAAAUUUAUUAUUAUUCCUGUG